AAUGCUUAUAACAAACAUUGGAGAUCAUAGGGACAACCGGAACGAAGAAGUAUUCAAAACGACACCAAAAAAAUACAAGGCAUCAAGAUUAUUGUCAGAUUCAUACAAAAGAAAACAGGAUGCAAUCCCAAUGAUUGAUGUGAUGCGGCGUACGUAUGAAGUAUAGAAGAAAGACAAAAGGUUC